AUGGCAGCCAAUCUUGGGGAGAGAUCGCUAGCUGAUGUACACCAAGAGGGACUAGAUGAGAUACUCUCUGGAUUGAUCCAUUUUAAUACUGGUCACUCAAGCCAUGGCACGAAUUCAUUAGGCGUGCCCAUUGUGGACGCUUUGCUUGAAGUCUUCGCGGCAAAAGCAAUUGGUGUGUCAGGUGCUGUGAAUGAUGGACAACCUCAAUCUCCAAGUAUGUCUGUAGAGCAGCAGGCUGUUGAAGAUGAGGAAAUGCUGCUGCACAAUGAAUUCCUGGCUCAGCCGGAUGAAAUACACACAGUGCAAGACAUUGGUCCAUAUCCUAAUGUGCUGUUAUCAGACCCCAAGAAACAGCAAGUUCCUAUCGUGGAGAUUUCAAGCAGCCUGUCGGCCUCGGGGAAGUCCCAACUCCUGUAUUAUCUCACAGCUCUCGCCAUCUUACCACCAAAGUAUGGCGACAUCUCGGUCAGUGGCCAAGAGGCAGCUGUGGUGUUCAUAGAUACCGACAACCGAUUCGAUGCCGAAAGACUAAGAACUGUGGCUCGGGGUAUCGUACUGCAGCAGCGAGGACUAUCUAAUCGAGCUCAACCAGGAGGAACGUCAGAUCUUGACUUAUUGCUCGUCUCUUCACUACAGCAUGUCCAUGUCUUUCGUCCACAAUCUUCGUCCGGUCUUUUGGCCACAAUUCACACGCUAGAAUCAUAUCUUUUCAACCUCUCGCGACAUUCUUCCGCAUCACGUCCCUUACAAAUGAUCGCCAUUGACAGUGCCACCGCUUUCAUCUGGCAAGACCGGCUGCGUGACGAAGUCGCUCGGACUGAAGAAAUUGGGCGCCCCCAAGCAGAAAUUGAUUCUGAGCGCGAGCAAAACCAGAGUUUCCAUUUGUCCGACCUCUAUAACGAGAUGGUGAAGGAGCUGAAACGUCUCCAGAGUCGGUUCCAGUGUGCAAUUGUGUAUUCCGCAACGGUUUCAGGGGGUCGGGCUUCCGGCCCUGGUCACUACGACCAGUCCCAGGCUCGUGUUCCAUCGCUGAGGCCUGCUCUUCCUACACCCUGGGGUACCUUUCCAACCUUGCGUCUGAUUGUCCACCGGCCUUCUGUUCGCCCAUUUCCACCGAGCAUGGCAGCCCAUGCAGCCGUGAAAGACGCCUCUUCACGACAGAGCGUGGUUCAGCAAGGGAAGAUAUCGGCAUGGGUCAAUCCGUGGGGAUGCAAUGAAUGGCCCCGUCGCAUAGUUGAAGCAAUCGAGGCGAACAAUGGUGGGAGUUUUUCAUUCUACAUGGGCGACUCGGGGGUUGAGAUAACCGAUCCUCAUCAUUAA